GAUAUUUUCAAAAUUCUUGUUUUAAUUAUUUAAUUGUGUUUUUACAUAAUCACAAAGUAAUUAUGGAUGAAAUCAGGGAAAAAAUAACUCGUACAAUGGUACUAAUAUUUGAUAAAAUACAAGUAUACUGUGUGAACUUUCCAUCCGGGUAGAGAAUGUUCGCCACGUGUGGUGCUGCAAACGGCGAGGAUUUGUUGACAAAGUGUGUUUGACAUCGGGAAAGCGCAUUUGUUUUCCUGUGAAAAGUCCGAGUAGAGGCCGAAAAGGCGUUUUUCCAUUUAUUCACGCGACAGUGCAAAAAAGGGCGGCAAGAUUGAGCAGAACACGCCGUCGAAGAUGAAGCUGAUAGACUCAGUGGUGAGAUCUUUCCGGGUGGCGAAGGUGUUCCGGGAGAACACGGACAAGAUCAAUGCCAUCGACUUCUCGCCCAAUGGAGAGCACCUGAUCUCCUGCGGCGAGGACGACCAGAUCAUGAUCUAUGACUGCGAGAAAGGACAACAGACGCGGACGGUGAACUCGAAAAAGUACGGCGUUGAUUUGAUUCACUUUACGCACGGCAACAACACGGCAAUUCACAGCUCCACGAAAGUGGACGACACCAUCCGAUACUUAAGUCUGCACGACAACAAGUACCUUCGCUACUUUCCUGGACAUACAAAAAAGGUCAUCUCGCUGUGCAUUUCUCCGGUGGAGGACACCUUCCUGUCGGGCGCGCUGGACAAGACGCUGCGCCUAUGGGAUCUACGCUCACCCAAUUGCCAGGGCGUGAUGCACUUAUCAGGCAGACCCGUGGCUGCGUACGAUCCGGAGGGGCUUAUCUUCGCCGCCGGCGUUAACUCGGAGAGCAUCAAGUUGUACGAUUUGCGCUAUUUCGACCGCGGCCCGUUCAUCACGUUCAAGCUAAAUCAGGAGAAGGAGUGCGACUGGACAGGCCUGAAGUUCAGCCGCGACGGCAAAACGAUCCUCAUCAGCACCAAUGGCAGCACUAUUCGCCUGGUGGACUCGUUCCACGGCACGCCGCUGCAGACGUUCACGGGCUACCUGAACAACAAGGGCAUCCCGAUCGAGGCCAGCUUCAGUCCCGACUCGCAAUUCAUCUUCAGCGGCAGCACUGACGGCCGCGUGCACGUCUGGAACAGCGACAGUGGCCACAAGGUGUGCGUACUGAGCGGCGACCAUCCUGGGCCAGUGCAGUGCGUGCAGUUCAACCCAAAGUUCAUGAUGUUGGCAUCGGCGUGCACAAACAUGGCCUUCUGGAUACCCCCAGAAGAUGUGCAAGCCUAGAACUAGCGCCUUUCAUUUAAGGGAAUUCGCAUCUAGGACUUAUUUUACAAUUUUACCAAUAAGUUUGAUACGUGUAACAAUGUAUGCGCGAAAAAGUGAAAAAACCCUCGGAAAAACCCGAAUUGUAGAACAGGAAGUUCAUUAAAAUUGUGUAUUUCAAAUUAGGCCGAUCAGAGAUGAAUCCAAAACUGUCGAAUAAAAUUUCAUUGUAAAGACGGUAGAGACAUUCCAUGUGGAUUUUGAGGAUUUUCUUUUGAUGCGAGGAAAUUGAGGUCAAUACCAUGAGAU